AUGUUCAGCGUCAAGACAAUCCACGACAUUGUUCUGGAUCCAGCACCUCCCGCGGGGCUGCCGUGGAUCGAGUACUCAACGCCAAUCUUGAAAAAACAUGGCCUGGUUUUGGGCUAUGAGUACAACUUUGGAGACGGGUCUUACCUUUGGUCCUUUUAUGACCCAGCAUAUCUUGGAGAGUACUCUGCAGCAUUUGACGGAGACGCCCCGGACACGUUUGAUAUGUACACUAAAAUGAUUAUUGCUGGUCGAGGUGUUUUGUUUCUCGGCUCCGACCAGCGGCUCCCAAUAACUGGGUCGAAAUUUUCCCUCCGCCAGUUUUGUCAUCACCAAACCAUGGCAGGAGCACUUCGCAAGGACCCCGCUAUCGAGCAGUUCGGUCGCAUGCGCGACAAUAGCAGCCAGUAUUUCCGCUUCAACAAAAAAACUGGUCCUUUCUUGUUUGCCGUUGUCUGUCUUCUGCCCCUCGGCGUCGGCUACCUGUCGUAUCAAACCCACGGCCAGAUUCAACUGGCUGGGUUGCGACGCGACCGGCCCUUUUUCCGUCAGUUCAAGCAGCCCGAGACUGAGGAGCCUGCUAGCGAGUAG